AUGUUCGACAAAGCGGCCAACUCGAGCGUCUACGACUUUUGGGCUCGAAAGACCAGGGCUCGGAUGACCGAUCCAGAGAAAAGGGAUAUCGUUGCACCACUGGAACAGUUCCAGUGGUUUGGCGCCAAACGAGUCAAUCUUGAGAUGGACUAUUACGAAAUGCUGGAUCGUCCAAAUGUCAAGAUCGUUGACCUCAAGAAAACGCCGAUUACAUCCUGCUAUGAUCAAGGCAUCGUGAUCGAAGGGCGAGAGUCUUUGCAACACCAUCGACUGGACGUUAUAAUUGCAGCCACCGGCUACGACUCCGUCACGGGCGGCUUGUUCGAGAUGAACAUACACGACAAGCAUGACGUGAAGCUUCAGAGGACUUGGGAGGCUGGGAUCGACACCUAUCUCGGUAUGCUGGUGCCGGGGAUGCCCAACGCAUUUCUCCUGUACGGGCCGCAGGCGCCGACAACGCACACCAACGCGCCCUCUUUCAUCGAACUGCAAGUGGAUUGGAUAGCGUCUCUUCUAGGAAAAAUGCGCAAAGACGACGUCCGCUCGGUCGAACCAGCCGAAGAGUCUUGCCGGUCGUGGAAGGAGAAGGUGGCCAACGCCUUCAACGCAGGCCUUUUCCGAGAAAGCACCGCGUGGUGGACUGGUGCAAACAUUGCCGGGAAGAGAGUCGAGCCUCUCGUUUUUUUCGGUGGGGUUCAGGCAUGGCGGGAGGAGUGUCAACGCGCGUUGGAGGACUGGUCCAGCUUCCGUGUCACUAAAACGUAG